UGCCCCCUCUCCCUCUGUCUCCAGUGAAUAGACGCUGUGCGCAGGGCAGCGAGAGACAGAGACUCCCAACUCCCCCCCACCACCCAGAGCCGGAUUAAGGGGGGGUCACAGGGGGUCAGUACCCCGGGCCCUCUAAUCUUAGGGGGCCCCCCAGCUGGAGCUGUUCUGCUUCUGACACUGCUGCUUCCUGCACACUGCAGUCACGCUGAGUGGCUGCACGAAGGGUUACACAGCUACUGUGUGUACAGCAGUAGCAGACAACGCCUCCUCCCAGCGUCUCUGAUCCCGGAGAGACAGACCAAGCGCAGCGGACUAAAGCGGAGCCAGAGAAAGAACAGACCUCUGACUGCAGCUGAUAAAAACAAAAGUGGUAAAGGUCAAGGCAGUUUGGACUUGGGAGAGAUCCUGUAUGUCACAGUUCCCCCCUCCCACUGGUCGGAUUCAAUGGCAGGAAUUCUGUGCCCCCUCCUUUACAUCCUCAGGAAAAAAUCAAGAAGGAACUUGAUCCCGACAAGAGGGCAAUUCACACAGGGAUAUCGCAGGGAAGAGACCUCUCCCUGCUUAAGAAUAUGAUGGAAGGACUUCAGAACAGCCACUGGCUGGUCUUUUCUCAGCCACUAUAGGAUUUCCCAUUGACCCAGUGUAAUAAGACGGUGACAAUGCUUAGUUAUACCAGGAAUCUGAGAUUGAUGCUCUUAUACUGGGCUUGGCUGCAAGAACUGAGUUCUCAGGAACUGGACUCCACUGGGAAACAUGUCUGUAGAUCUGACAGUGUCACCAAAGGGCUGGUGUGCUGCCCAGGAUGGAAACAGGAAGGGCGAGAGUGUACAGCUGCCAUCUGUGAGGGGGCUGACAUCUGCAAAACAGACGAAGUGUGCAUAAGACCAGGAGUCUGUCGAUGCAAGCCGGGUUUCUUUGGUGCCGAUUGCAAUUCACCAUGUCCCGACCAGUACUGGGGAUCAGACUGCAAGCAGUGGUGUUCCUGCCAUCCGUUUGGAAAGUGUGACGGAGUGACUGGUCAGUGCAUCUGCUAUCCUAACCGUUGGGGCCCUAACUGUCAGAACACCUGCAACUGCGGCCCAUAUGGGGCCUGUGACAACCUCACUGGAUUGUGUCAAUGUAGCCCAGGCUGGUGGGCACAACAUUGCAAUAAACAAUGUCUGUGCAAUCUGGAGACCUCCCACUGUAACCAGACUAAUGGGCAGUGUGUAUGUAACAUCGGCUGGUGGGGCCAUCGGUGCAGUAUAAGCUGUAAAUGCAACAAAUCUCCAUGUCUGCAAACCAGCGGGCAUUGCAAGUGUCGGGAAGGCUGGUAUGGUUCUAAAUGUGAAUACCAGUGUGACUGUGUGUAUGGCAAAUGCAACCCCGUAAAUGGCGAGUGUGACUGUCUCACAGGAUACCAAGGGAAGAGAUGUGCAGAUCCAUGUCCUGCUGGGAAAUAUGGACCCAAAUGUGAUGGAAGCUGUGGAAAAUGUAAGCAGGGCCAGGCAUGCUCCCCAAUGGAUGGAUCCUGUGUGUCUUGUGAGCCUGGCUGGAAUGGUACACGAUGCGACCUGCCCUGUUCACCUGGAUACUACGGGUUGAACUGCGCACAGAAGUGUCCAAAGUGCCAUGAGGAUAAAGUCUGUAGUAGCGACACUGGAACCUGCCUGAACUGUGAUCCCGGGAAGAUGGGACCUAGAUGUGAGUUCAUUUGUCCAGCUGGAAGUUAUGGGGACAGGUGCCAACUCCUGUGCCCACUUUGUAUCCAUGGGAGCUGUGAUCCAGUAACAGGGGACUGUAUCUGUGACUUAGGAUAUUGGAAACCGAGUUGCAAUGAGACAUGUCCCCAUGGCUUUUUUGGAUUCAACUGUUCAAGCAGCUGUGAGUGCGGUAAUGGCCCUUGUGACCCAAAGUAUGGAACAUGUCUACUGACAUCCAGUCAAAAAGGAGCAAUAAUUGCCGGAGCGCUUGUUCUUCUGUGUGUGAUUCUCAUCCUCUGCUGCUGCUGCUGCUGCUGCUGUGGGACUAAUCAACUUGAGAGCAAAGACAGAUUGUCUACUGGAGAUGAAGGGUGUUUAUCGAGGAUGAAGCACAAUUUCCAGGGGGGUCUGGUGAACAUUAGCUUCCUCUUACCAUGCUGUUCCAUAGGCAGCACUAAGGUCUCCUGGGUUACUGUUUCCCAUCAUGACACAGAGCUUGCCUUUAACCAUAGCUUUAUUGAGUCGCCUUCCACUGGCUGGUUAUCUGAAAACUCAUUUUCAUCAUUUGAGUCAGAUGAAGAAGGACCAGUCUACUGCGUUCCUCCAAGAGAAGGUAUGUCUGUUGCUGACAUAGAUGGAUUUCAAGAAAUAAGUUCUAAAUGUAAUGUUUUCCCUGAGGCAAUGGGUCUCAACACAGAUGAUAUGUCCCUCCCAUUUUCCAUACCAAGGACCUCUAGCAUUGCCAAAGCCAAAAGACCAUCGGUGUCAUUUGCUGAAGGAACCAAGUUUGAGAGCAGAAGGUCCUCUACCACUGACACACCCAAUCUAGGCCGAAAACCAAAACUUGCUAUUAGUCUCCCAAAACUGCCCUCUAUACAGUCGCAGACCAUAACUGGAGAUAAUUUACAACAGUGUCAGAGCAACAAUGAGAACUAUGACAAAAUAUGCCCUACUAAAGAACCUGAGGAUCAUCCAAAGCUCCAGAGAAGUGCCCCAGUGGGACGCCGGAGGACCAUGUCUAAUGCUCAAAAGUCAUCGGUUAAAGCAGAAAUAGCAGAAACUGGCUCAAGAGAGAAUAAUUCGGAAAUGAAAAAGAAACUCCAUAACAUUUCAACUGUUUACGUGAGUGUUGGCCCUCCUAGAAAGUUUUCCAAGUCCCGCAGAAGGUCAGAAGGCAAUGUAGAUGGAACUGUUCAGGCUGUGCUGAAACGUUUUGGCAGUUUUCAAAAAGUGAUCCCCAAACCUGUCAGGAAGAGUAUGCCGCAGCACUCAAACUCCAAACCUUCACGACCAAGGUCCACCUGUGAUGCAGACUUAAAAAUCACACAUAAAACCUCUUCUUCUACAUCUUCCAAUGUUAAGGUGGUGGGCAAUCAGACAAAAAAGCCAGUUAUUCCUGAAUGGACAGGCAGCUGUGACAAGCUGGAUCACAUGUACUCUGACUUGCACAGUCCAGUGCUGAUGGAACAAGCCCAAGAUCCUGAGCACAUUUACCAAAGCACAUAUGAUCCUGAAGAUUCCGAACCAAAGUAUGAAAACGUAACUAUAUCAAAGAGCUUUGCGAACAGUGACCUAGAACAAUGUUCUGUAUAUGAAGAUGCACAAAUGAACUGUGAGAGCUCUAUCUCUUGAAAGUUGAUAUACAUAACACACAAUGAAUUACAUUUUUGAUGACUGAUCAGAAUUUUAUUUUUUUAAUCAGCACAAUGUUAUUUGAACCAGCCUACGUAUGUUUUUAUAAUAAAACCUUCUGAAUGA